GCUCUAUCUGAGCAUGCGGCUAGAGGAAUGCUUAGCUUGAGCGCUCAUCUCUGAAUUGGACGACCGUGAUCCUGCUGGAGGACUGAAGGGCAUUUUUGAAGGGAUUCCAUCAGUAAUGAUGUUGUACAGAUUUGUAGUUUUCUCCUUGGUUUUCUUAACGUUGUGUGCUGCUCAUGAAGAUUCUGACAACCCUUACACAGAAGAACAUUAUGAGGAUGGGGAGCACAAUCUUGAGUAUGACAAAAAGAUGUUCCUCGGAGGAGAGGAAGAAGUAGAGACGUUCAAUCGACUAAGUCCAGAUGAGCAAUUGAGAAGGCUAAACUCUAUUAUUUCUAAAAUUGAUGGCAAUUCUGAUGGAUAUCUUACACAAGAUGAGCUAAGUUUGUGGAUCCAGAAGGCUUUCAAGCAUUAUAUCAUAGAAGAUACAAAGGAGCAUUUUAGCGAUGUUGACAAGGAUGGUGAUGGGAUUGUUACCUGGGAAGAAUAUAAUAUUCAUAUGUAUGAUCGUAUCAUUGAAUAUGAUGAAGAUGCCUUUCUUCAAGAUGAUGAGGAGGAAUCCUUUAGACUGAUUCAUUUGAAGGACAAAAAGCGGUUUGAGCAUGCAGACAGAGAUGGCGUUCAAGGUUUGAACUUGAAUGAAUUUACCGAUUUUGAGCACCCAGAAGAAUCGAAUCAUAUGUCGGAAUUUGUCAUCGAGGGUGCAUUGGAUGACCAUGACAAAGAUAACGAUGGCUUUGUGAGUUUAGAGGAAUACCUUGGCGACUACACACGAGAUCCAGGUAUGGAUGUAGAUCCACAUUGGAUAGUUGUGGAAAAAGACAGAUUUUCCAACGAUUAUGACAAAGACGGUGAUGGCCGACUGAAUCCAAAAGAACUGCUUUCUUGGAUUGUUCCCAACAAUGAAGGCGUUUCUCUUGAUGAGGCAAAUCACCUAAUUGAGGAAAUCGACAAAGAUGGAGACGGAAGGUUGAGUGAAAGUGAAAUUCUAAAAAGUCGGGAUAUAUUUCUUACCAGUGAAGCUACAGACUAUGGCAGACAAUUGCUAGAUGAACACUUUUACCAUGAUGAGCUUUAAUGACACUAGGAUUGACCUAAUGUGGAUUAUUCAUUUUUUUAUUAUUUGUUAUUUAUAGUUUACCAAACACAACGCAACUUUAUACUUAAUAAGCUACAUGUAGGAAAAUAACCUUAAGAAUAUUUUAUGAUUUUUAAUAAUUAUACCAAUAGUUGUCUAAAUGGGUUAUUAUUAAUAUUGACCAAAAAAUAUAGUAUUUGAUGUUCUGCAUUGUUACUUUUUUCACUGUGUCAAUAAAUAAGAAUUCUAGUUUCCCA